AGAGCAGAGCAGUAACUUGUCACUAGCUUUUUCAAUGUAUAUAUUCUGAUUCAUAAUUCUGAUGAACACGGCUUUAAAAAAGUCUAUGGAUGUAGUUUUUAACUUUACAAAAAGAUACUUGUGUUAUAUGAUGGACAUGAAACAAAAGAUAGCGGUUAAUUUUUUAAUGGAAAAUGUACUAAACACUAGUACAAGUACUGAGAGUUCAGAUAUAAGUGAAAUCAGUUGGAAUAGCAGCUUUUCAGUCAAUACAUCUUUAAACAGUGAAGAAAAUGAUAGUUGUAUAUUGUUACUGCCUUUACUGAAAUAUUUAAUUAAUGGACGUAAGAAACAUCGAGUUGAACAUUAUCUUCAUGUUGUUGAUAGCUGGACAGAUUUAGAAUUUAAGGAACACUUGCGAGUUGAGCGUACCACUGCAAUUCAAUUAAUAGUAUAUAAUUUUUUAUAUGUUUUAGAUGAAUUACGUGAAAGUAAUUUUAUUCCUUCACACUCAUUUGGAACGAAACCAAUUGAAGCAAAACUGAGUUUUCUUAUUUUUUUAUGGCACAUGGCAAACACUGAACCUUUACGAACAAUAUCAGAUAGAUUUGAUGUCUCAAUUUCGUCUGUCUUUCGAGUAAUUCGCCGAGUAACAGCUUGGAUUUUGACAAAAUUAGAUAACGUUAUCAAAUGGCCUCAAGAACAACACAUCGAAUAUGUUUGUCAUCAGUUUUACACUAAACGAGGUUCUCUUCAUGACGCACGAGUCCUGAGAAAAUCUGUUUUAUACAAUUCAGCUAAUGAACAUAGAGAGGUAAUUUUUCCCAAUGAAAAAUUUAUAAUUGGCGAUUCUGCAUACCCGUCAUUACAAUGGCUUGUUCCUCCUUUCCGUGAUAAUGGUUAUCUUACUCCUCAUCAGACCGAGUUUAAUUUUAUACAUUCUUCAACACGUAUGGUUGUAGAAAAAGCAUUUGGUUAUUUGAAAGGACGUUUCCGACGAAUUAAAUUUUUUUCAGAAUACCGCAAAAUGUCAUUUAUUACAAAUACAGUUGUAGCUGCAUGUAUCUUACAUAAUUUAUGUUUGAAUUGUAAUGACGACAAUUUUAAUGAUAAUAAUGUAGAAAUCGAGGAACCAAAUGAUAAUAUAAAUAAUGAUACUAAUGAAGAUGUUAAUUGUGAACUUCAGGUAGAUCGACGAAUGCAAGUAUUCAGAGAAAUAUUUGGCCAGGAAUAGAUAUAUGUGUGUAAUGAUUACUAUAUAUAUAAGUUAUGUAUAAAUACUGAUUACGUAUAUAAAAAAUAAUAGGAAAAACGUUGAGACACAAUAUUAUAUAAAAUUUUCUUGCAAAAUGCUUAUAAAUUAAUUGCGAUACACUUUAAUGUUCGACUUAUUGAUUAAUAAAAUUAAGUAUAAAAAAAUAAAUUGUACUGAAUGAAAAAGGACCAAAAUAAAUUUGAACUUUUCUUAAGCUUUUA